AGAACUCAAGAACACCACAAGCGAAGGGUGCUUUCGGAACUUUAAAAAUCCCCGACGGUGGUAAGAAAAUAAAACUCAAGAGAGAGAAACUCGAGAGAGAGAGAGAGAGAGAGAGAGAGAGAGAGAGAGAGAGAAGGAGAAGAAGCCGUUGAACAACUUGAACUAUAAAAAGAUUCCGUCUUUCGGAGUUUUCCGAGUCCGAAUUCAGCUGGGUAAGCUUACCCCCUAAUCCUUCAUGGACGAACUCGAGAUUGCUACUUGUACCCGCCGCUGAAUAUUUUUGCUCUGGCCACCGCAUUCCUAUCAACGCAAGAGGUUUUCUCAGUUUAAGGGCUGCAUUGUGCAUUAUAAGUUGGACCAACUGUUGCUGGAAUCAUGGGAAGUACAUUCAAUCCGCAGAUUUUAGUGGAAAAGCUAGCCAAGCUCAAUAGCUCGCAAGCAAGCAUAGAGACUUUAUCACAUUGGUGCAUUUUCCAUAUGAAUAAAGCAAGACAAGUUGUUGAAACAUGGGCUAGGCAAUUUCAUUGUGCUCCACGCGACCAGAGAUUGGCUUUCUUGUAUCUUGCAAAUGAUAUUUUACAGAACAGUAGGCGAAAAGGUUCGGAAUUUGUUGGUGAAUUUUGGAAGGUUCUUCCAGAUGCUCUUCGUGAUGUAAUUGAAAGUGGAGAUGAAUUUGGAAGAAAUGCAGCACAACGAUUGGUUAAUAUAUGGGAUGAUAGAAAAGUUUUUGGUUCUCGCGGCCAGAUUCUCAAGCAAGAGUUUGUUGGACAGCACCCGGAAACUAAUAACAGAAAUGGGAAGCAUUCGGGUGCCAGACUGAAGCAUCCUGCUGGAACUUCAUUGGACAAAAUAGUUUCAGAUUAUCAAGUUAUCCAUGGGCAGAUGGACGAGGAUACUAUAUUGAGCAAAUGCAGGAGUGCUAUUAGCUGUCUUGAGAAGGUUGAUAAGGAAAUUGGUGUAGAUGUCAAUUCAGGGCAAUUUCAUGGAUCUGCAUUUGUGGAGGAGGUUCAGGGUCAGCAUGCUAUACUGAGGAACUGUAUUGAACAACUAAGAGCUGUUGAAUCAUCUAGAGCUAAUCUUGUGUCUCAUUUGAGAGAGGCUCUUCAGGAGCAGGAGUACAAGCUGGAUCAAGUCCGAAACCAACUUCAGGGUGCAGAGUCCCAGUCAGAGCUGGCCACUAAUAUCUGCCAUCGGUUAGUGAAUGGGGACAAUGCACAGCAGAUAGCAGUCCAGAGCUCAAAGGAAGCUCAUACCUCUGUAGCACCUCCCAGUUUUAUGGUAGGAAGAGAACAAUCAGCUCCAGUAAUGUACACACAGCAGGUUCCUUUUGCCGAAAAAUCUGGUCGCGUGGAGGAAGAUCCUCGCAAGUCUGCAGCUGCUGCAGUGGCAGCAAAGCUGACCGCAUCAACAUCCUCAGCCCAGAUGCUCUCUUAUGUCCUCUCCUCUCUGGCAUCAGAGGGUGUCAUCAGCAAUCCAAUUAACGAGUCUUCUGGUGAUUAUCCAUCCGAAAAGAGGCUUAAGCUGGAGAACGACCAAUCGUCGUCCUAUGUACCCCAGAGCCCUAACCCGUCUGCAUCUCCUCCCUUCUCGCGUUCUGAUUCUCUCCCGCACAAUGUCUCUACCACCAACCAACAAUACACUCCUAGUGAGGCACCACCUCCCCCAUCAUCUUCUCCUCCACCAUUGCCACCAUUGCCACCGCAACCACAGUACCAAGUGCCCCAAUAUGUGCCGUCUCCUGGACAAUACACCUAUAACGUGGCCCAACAACCACCACCCCCAAUGCCUAGUUAUCAAGCAGGAGCUCCAGUAAAUGGCAUUUCUCCGUUCAUGGCACCGGCAAACACUUACCAGAGUUUUCAAGGUUCAGACGGUAAAUUCUACAACCAGCAACCACCGAUGCAGAUUUCUAGGCAAUAAAAAUCUCGGUUUCGAGAGAGGAGAAGGUUGUGCUGUAGCUUGUCCCUGCAGAGGGAACUUUGUUGCUUAUGUGCCUCUAAUUAACUGCCUAAUUAGAUCUGCACAUAGUAAAUGUUUGUAAGUUUAAAAUUGUGGAGUUACUUUUGAACUUCCAUCCACUGUUUGGAUGGAGGAAAAAGGAUUAGAAUUGUUAACUUAUGCCUAUCAGCUAUUGCCGGUUGUGGGAUGUUUUGGUUUUUAGGGUAAAAUUCAGAUGCUUCCGAUUGGACAAAAGUUAGAUUGGCUUAAACAAAUAUCUGUAGUUUCCAUUGAUGAUCUGUUUUGGUUACAUAAUUAUAUUCUUAUUAAUA